AGGAGUCAAACUCAAACACCAUUUUAAAGACGGACGAGAAAGAAGACGGAGUAAAAGAAGGAAUAAAACUGAAAAAAUAACAGAAGACUGUACUGCAUGAAAAUCCCAGGAGGGCAGCUGUUUCUGUGAUGCUGGAACUACCACAUCUGGCACCAUCCACCUAGCACAGUCAAAGUCGCUUAGAUCACACAUCUUGCCCAUUCUAAUAGGCUAAUUUGGGUUAGAAGCCACUUGUGGUCCAGUCUGGUCUGAUGUGUUCCCAUCUCCUUAGAUAGGGGGCGCUGUUUUCAAAAAUGAGUCUCUCAGAGGAGCCAGAGACCAAAGGAGGAAACCUCAGCACUGAGAGGAAGAGGGUCCAGGUAGAAAGAGCAGGGUCACCUGUUCCCAGCUGUCUGUCUAUGAGGAGUGGAGAGUCAAUGGAUAAGGUACUCAACUUCAGAGGAGAGUUACCAGGUGAUUCAAGGGUCCAGGUAGAAAGAGCAGGGUCACCUGUUCCCAGCUGUCUGUCUAUGAGGAGUGGAGAGUCAAUGGAUAAGGUACUCAACUUCAGAGGAGAGUUACCAGGUGAUUCAAGGGUCCAGGUAGAAAGACCAGGGUCACCUGAACCCAGCUUUCUGUCUGUGAGGAGUGGAGAGUCAAUGGAUAAGGUACUCAACUUCAGAGGAGAGUUACCAGGUGAUUCAAGGGUCCAGGUAGAUAGAGCAGGGCCACCUGUACCCAGCUGUCUGUCUAUGAGGAGUGGAGAGUCAAUGGAUAACGUACUCAACUUCAGAGGAGAGUUACCAGGUGAUUCAAGGGUCCAGGUAGAAAGAGCAGGGUCAUCUGUCCCCAGCUGUGUGUCUCUGAAGAGUGAUGAUUCAAUGGAACCUCCUCUCAAGAUCAGAAGAGAGUUCACAGGUGAUCAAAGGGUCCAGAUAGAAAGAGCUGCGUCACCUGUACCCAGCUGUCUGUCUAUGAAGAGCGAUCAUUCAAUGAAUGCACCAAUCCUUUUCAGAGGAGAUGUCACAGGUAAUCAGAGGGUCCAGAUAGAAAGAGCUGCGUCACCUGUACCCAGCUGUCUGUCUAUGAAGAGCGAUCAUUCAAUGAAUGCACCAAUCCUUUUCAGAGGAGAUGUCACUGGUGAUCAGAGGGUCCAGGUAGAAAGAGCAGGGUCACCUGUACCCAGCUGUCUGUCUAUGAGGAGUGGAAAGUCAAUGGAUAAGGUACUCAACUUCAGAGGAGAGUUACCAGGUGAUUCAAGGGUCCAGCAGUCACUGGAGUCCAGCUCUUUUGAAGAAAAGAGUUCAGAGAAAUUAUCUUUCCCAAACCAGUCUCUCCUGCGCACUCUGAUGAAUCUGAAGAAGGACAAAAAGUUGAAAUUGUUUCAGAGCCAUCUGAGUCAGGAUUGCCCAGAAUGCUUUCAGAGUCUGCCUGAAGAUCCUUCUGCACUGGUUAAGUUCAUGAAGAUGAAGGAAUUGUUCAAGAGUCAUCAAAUUGCUGAUUACCCAGAAUGCACUGAGAGAGAGCAGGAGGAUCCUGAGGCCCUGUACAUAGUUGAGAAGAUGCUGGAGACCUGUGGCAGUGAGAGGUCUCUGAAGAUCACACUCCACAUCCUGAAGAACAUGAAGCAGAAGGAUCUCGCCGACUCACUGGAGAGAGAUGAGCAGCACAAUGAAUCCAUAAAAAGAGCCCAGCAGGCACUGAAAAUGAAUCUGAAGAAGAAGUUUGAAUGCAUAUUUGAAUGUUCAGCAAAGCAGGGCAACCCAACCCUGUUCAAUGAGAUCUAUACAGAGCUCUACAUCACAGAGGGGGGAAGUGGGGGGGGCAAUAAUGAACACGAGGUCAGACAGAUUGAGACAGCAUCCAAGAGACAAACCACACAGGAGACUGCAAUCCUCUGCAAUGACAUAUUUAAGCCUUUACCUGGACAAAAGAAACCCAUCAGAACUGUGCUUACAAAAGGCAUCGCUGGCAUUGGGAAAACUGUGUCUGUGCAGAAGUUCAUUCUGGACUGGGCAGAAGGAAAAGCCAAUCAGAACGUUGAUUUCAUCUUCACUCUACCUUUCCGAGAUCUGAAUUUGAAGAAGCAAAGAGCAUUCAGUCUGAUGCAACUUCUGCAGCACUACUUUCCACAACUGAAACAGAUCAAAAGUGUUGAAGGUGAUGAAGUCAAAAUCAAAAGUGUUGAAGGUGAUCAAGUCAAAGUUUUAUUUAUCUUUGAUGGUCUGGAUGAGUGUCGACUUCCUCUAAAUUUCCAAAGCAAUGAGGACUGCUGUGAUGUAACAGAGUCAUCAUCAGUGGAUGUGCUGCUGACCAACCUCAUUAAGGGAAAUCUGCUUCCCUCUGCUCUCCUCUGGAUCACCUCCCGACCAGCAGCAGCCAAUCAGGUCCCUCCUGAGUGUGUCCACCAGGUGACAGAGGUACGAGGGUUCAAUGACCCACAGAAGGAGGAGUACUUCAGAAAGAGAAUCAGAGAUCAGAACCAGGCCAGCAGAAUUAUCUCACACAUAAAGUCAUCCAGGAGUCUCUACAUCAUGUGUCACAUACCAGUCUUCUGCUGGAUUUCUUUUUGUGUUCUUGAGACAAUGUUGGGUAAAGUAUUCAAUAGAAAAAUGCCCAAAACACUGACUGAAAUGUACACACACUUCCUACUCAUUCAGACUAAUGUGAAGAAUCAGAAGUACCGUGGCACUGAUGAGACAGACCCAAAGGAGAUGUCAGCAUCAGAUACAGAAAUCAUCCUGAAACUGGGGCAGUUGGCUUUUCUACAGCUGGAAAAGGGUAAUCUGAUAUUCUAUGAAGAGGACCUGAAAGAGAGUGGCAUUGAUGUUAGUGAAGCUUCAGUGUACUCUGGGGUGUGCACAGAGGUCUUUAAAGAGGAGUGUGGGUUGUAUCAGGAGAAGGUCUACUGCUUUGUGCAUCUGAGCAUUCAGGAGUAUCUGGCUGCCUUGUUUGUGUUUCAUUCAUGUGUAAAUGAGAACAGAAAUGUACUCAGAGCAGAAGAAUCAAAACCUCACAGUGGCAGAGUGCAGUUGUCUGAGUUACUCAGGAGUGCAGUGGAUCAGGCCUUAAGAAGUAAGAAUGGACACCUGGACCUUUUCCUCCGAUUCCUUCUUGGCCUCUCUCUGGAUUCCACUGAGACUCUUUUAAGAGAACUACUGACACAGACAGGAAGCAGAUCUGAUGGAGGAAUACACAACUUUCUUUCUUUUCUUUUCACAACACUUACUUUCUUUCAAAGACUAUGGACAUGGACAGGAACCACAUCACCUGUACCAGAUCCACGGACACAGACAGAAAGCAGAUCACAGAGCACUGAAAAAACAGUCCAGUACAUUAAGAAGAGGAUCAGAGAGGAAUCUUCGGCAGAGAGGACCAUCAGUCUGUUCCACUGUCUCAAUGAACUGAAUGACAACUCUUUAGUGGAGGAAAUCCAGAAUUCCCUGAGAUCAGGAAAACUCUCUGAUAAAAAGCUGGAACCAGACCAGUGUUCAGCUCUGGCCUUUGUGUUACUGAUGUCAGAGGAGAUCCUGGAUGAGUUUGACUUGAAGACCUACAACACAUCAGCAGCAGGUCAUCAGAGACUGCUACCAGUAAUCAGGAGCUGCAGGAAGGCCAAACUGAACAGCUGUGACCUCACAGAGAAGUCCUGUGAUAUUGUGGCCUCAGCUCUCCAGUCAUCAAACUCACCUUUAACAGAUCUGGACCUCAGCUGCAAUGACCUGGGAGAUUCAGGAGUGGAGCUGCUCUGUGCUGGACUGAUGAGUCCAAACUGUAAACUACAGAGACUGGGGCUGGGUUGGUGUAAUCUCACAGAGGGCUGCUGUGAUGUUCUGGCCUCAGUCCUGCGUUCUCCUCACUCAAAGCUGAGAGAUCUGGAGCUCAGAGACAAUGAGCUGCAGGAUUCAGGAGUGAGAGCGCUCUCUGCUGGACUGGAGGACCCACACUGUAAACUGCAUAGAAUGGGGCUGUCAGGCUGUGGAGUCACACAAAGAGGCUGUGAUUCUCUGGCUUCAGCUCUGUGUUCAAACCCCUCCCAUCUGAGAGAGCUGGACCUGAGAUACAAUCACCCAGGAGACUCAGGAGUGAGAGCGCUGUCUGCUGCUAAACUGGACACACUCACACUGCUUGUGGACCAUGGAGGAGAGAACAGAACCAAACCAGGACCCAGGAAAUACGGCUGUCAGCUCACACUGGAUCCAAACACAGCGCACAGAGACCUGUCUCUGUCUGAGGGGAACAGGAGGGUGACACACACACCGGGGGGAGAGAAGCAGCCAAAUCCUGAUCAUCCAGAGAGAUUUGAUUACUGGCGCCAGGUUGUGUGCAGAGAGAGUGUGUGUGAGCGCUGUUACUGGGAGGCUGAGUUCAGUGUGUCUGAGGUGGGAGGGGUUUAUAUAGCAGUGACUGAUAAAGGAAUCAGCAGGAAAGGACGGGGUGAUGACUGUAGGUUUGGAUCGAAUAAAAACUCCUGGAGUCUGGAGUGCAUUAAACACAGUUACUCUGAUAAACUCAGAUACUCUGUCUGGCACAAUAAGAACCAAACACACAUACCUGCCCCCCCCUCCCCCUACCGCAGAGCAGGAGUGUGUGAUGAUGAUGAUGAUGCUGGUAGAGGAGUGUGUGUGUACAGGGUAGGAGUGUGUGUGGACCGUCCGGCCGGCACUCUGUCCUUCUACAGCGUCUCUGACUCUGACACACUGACCCUCCUGCACAGACUCCACACACACUUCACUCAACACACACCCCUCUGUGCUGGAUUUAGAGUGUGGGACUCCUCAGUGUCCCUCUGCCAACUGGAGUAGAGACACACACACACACACACACACACUCACACUCACACACACAUUUUCACACAUGCGCGCACACACAAACAUGCACACACGCACACACAAACAUGCAAACACAUGCGCACACACACAAACAUGCACGUGCACACACACACACGCAUACACACACACACACACGUGCGCAUACACACUCGCAUGCAUGCUCACACACACACACACACACACACACACACACACACACACUCACGUAUACACACACACACCACAUUCACAUACCCACUCACACACACACAGACCACACACACUUAUAUAUACAUACACACUCAGAUACGCAUAGACACACAGACCCACACCUACACACACACAUCCACACACAUACAUACUCUCACACACACCCUUUCUCUCUCAGUCAUGCACACACACUCACAAAUACACACACUGGUGUACACUCAUGCACACGCACUCACACACCUACGCACGCACACACUCGUGCACACACACUCACACUCUUACACACACAUACACACUCUCUCACACCCAAUCACUCACACACCCAAUCACACACAUGCACACACACACCUACACACAUGAACACACACAAUCUCUCACACACACAAACACACAUUCACCAGUGCACUCUCACACGCGCACACACAUGCAUGCAUACGUACGCACACUCAUUACCGUAUGCACACACACACACCCUCUCUCUCUCACACACACACACACUCACAUCCACACACAUUCACACAAACGCACGCACACACAUACAUGCCUGCAGAGACACAAACACGUGUCAAUACACACUUCUCAGUGUCCCUCUGCUAACUGGAGUAGAGACACACACACAUGCGCGCACACACAAACAUGCACACACAUGCAUACACACACACACGUGCGCAUACACACUCGAACACAUGCACACACACAUACACACACACACAUAUAUACACAUACACACACACACUCAAUCACACACUCACACACAUAUAUAAACACAAACACUUAUAUACACCUAGACCCUCACACACCUACACACACACGCACACACACGUGUACACACACACACACUCAUAUACACAUACACACACACACACUCAAUCACACACUCACAUAUGUAUAUACACACACACUCAUAUGCACCUAGACCCACACACACACGCACUCACACACACACGCAUGGAAACAUACAGACGCUCAUACCCGUAUGCACACACACACACACUCUUUCUCUCACUCAGUCUCUCACAUACAGUAUACAGACACACACAUUCGCAAACGCACGCGCACACACACACACACUCAUGCACUCACGCACAAACACAAACAUGUGUCAACACACACACAUUCUCAUUCCCAUACGCACGCACACACAUGUAUAAACACACACAUUCUAUUACCUAUACGCACACACACACAUACUCAUGCACACACAUGCAUACACAUACAUGCGUGCACACACCAUAUACACAUGUAUACACAAACAUUCUCAUACCCAUACAUACACACACACACACACAUAUAAACACACACAUUCUAUUACCUAUACGCACACACACAUACUCAUGCACUCACACAUGCACACACAUGCAUACACAUACAUGCGUGCACACACCAUAUACACAUGUAUACACAAACAUUCUCAUACCCAUACAUACAUACACAAACACACAUGUAUAAACACACACACAUUCACAAAGGCACUCUCACGCACACACACAUACACAUGCAUACACUCAUUCUCUUGCACGCGCACAAACUCAAAUACAGUCUCACACACAUUCACACAAACGCACGCACACACACUUUCUCUUUCCCAUACACACACGCACCUGUGUGCACACAUACUCAUGCACUCAAUCAUACUCUCACACAUGCACACACACAUACAUGCGUGCACACACACACACACAUUCUCUUACCCAUUCACACACGCAACCCGGGCACACACACACACACACACACACGCAUACUCACGCACUCACACACAUGUUCACAUCAACCGUCACUCCCACAAACGUACGCAUGCACACACACAUUCACAAAUGCACACACACAGAAACACACUCUCACCCAAUCACACACGCACACACGUCGACACACUUGCAACCUUCCUUGACCAAUGCCUUACCACUGCAAUUUCAGCUGUGCCCAGUAUUAACCUCAGUACAGCUUAAACCCUGUACAUGAGAGUAUGAUCUUUUAGCAGGUUCAGGUUAAGCACUCGCUAUUUAAAUGUGAUUUUAUUUUUUUACAUUUUAAUAAAUUUAUAUUUCAAAUGUUCAACGUGUGUUUAUGUACUUUCGAUUAUUAAAACAUUAAUAUAACAUUGAGAGUAAUAAUGCCAAAAGAUUGCAGAGUAAAAUGUUUUUGAAGUAAUAAUUCUGUCUCCUGUAUCUGCAUCUUUUUAAAAAGAAGCCAGUGGCAAACUCCUCCACUUAAAUGUGCAUUUUACUAGUUUUUACAGUUGCUUUCAUUCAUUUUCACAAGAGUUCCAAUGUGCAAAUUUCUGUGGGCAAAUGCAGCUGAUAGGGAGAAUGCAGAAUGAUCACUGCAGUGUACUUAUUUCCUUUCAUUACUGUAAACAAUGAUAGAUUGAGUUUCCUUAUUUAUUCUGUUAGGAUUGAUUUUUUUUUUUUUUUUUGUUGUUGUUGCUUUAAUUUUCUGUAUUUUCAGACAAUAAUAUACAAUGAUUAAACCUGAAUUAUAAAAAUAUCAAA